GACACACCUGAAGCUGAUCCGCUGGACAUCGAUUUGACGCAAGAGAGCCUGGCUGGAGGGGCAAAUGACCUGCUGAGCAACAAGAAGGGCCACGUCAUCGCGAAGAAAUACUCCCGGAUGAUGCGACCCACGGUCUUCCGCAAGUCCAAGGUGUCGGCAACGGAAGAGGAGGAUCUCAAGCCGGAGAGAAUGCCCCUGGCACUCUUUGGAG